GGAAAAGAUACACCAACUCAGCGCCGGCGCAGUGACUUGCGAUGGGAGACGGCACCGCCAUGACGCGCGGUCUGGUACUGGAAGAAGCUCGCGAGGUCGCCAUGUACACGUUUGGGCAGAACUCAUAUGGAGAGCUCGGGCACGGUGACACAAUGUCGCGCAUGGUGCCAACACGUGUCAAGUUCUGCGAAGGUCGCAACGUGAUAGACGUCGCUUGCGGAAACGAAAACACCAUCGCGUCGUGUGAGAAUGGCGAGGUGUUUGCAUGUGGGUACAAUGACAGUGGGCAAUGCGGCAUGGGAACAACGCAACGAGUGCAUUCUUUCAAACUCAUUAUGAGUCUUGUCGACAAGCAAGUGGUGAAGCUCAGUGCUGGCAAUGGCUGCGAGCAUGUUGCCGCAGUCUCAGAUAGCGGACACGUCUACACGUUUGGGUACAACGCACGUGGACAAUUGGGCCAUGGAUCGACAGCGGCAUGUGCAUUCCCGUCGCGCGUCGAGUUUCCGGUCGACGUGUCAGUCGUCCAGGUUGCAUGCAGCUACUUCCACACGCUCGUUGCUACAGCAGACAAUGAACUGUACGGUUUUGGACGGAACGACUUUGGUCAGUUGGGAAUCUCCGAUGGUCUGGACAAGCACGAGCCGUCUCGAAUCCCUUUCUUCAGCGGCCGACGGAUCCUCGCCAUGGCGUGUGGGCAGUACCACUCAAUCGUGUCGCUUGCUUCGGGUGGUCUGUAUGCAUUUGGCAAGAAUGAUUUUGGACAGCUCGGCGUUGACGUGCGGGGGGUGCGGGCGACGCCGGUCGCGGUUGGCGAUUUCGACUCGGACAUUGUCGUCCAAGUGGCGUGUGGUUAUUACCACUCGGUAGCGCUGACGCAGUCUGGCAAAGUGUUCACGUUUGGUCGCAACGACUACGGUCAGCUGGGCUUGGGGCACAACCACACAGUGUCCACUCCAUCGUUGGUGGCGUACCUGACGGCGUUUACUAUCGUCGACGUGGCAUGUGGUUGCUACCAUACGCUUACCCUGAGUGACUUGGGCCGCGUGUACCCAUUUGGCCGCAACAACCACGGACAGCUGGGUACUGGCAACACCCUCGAUUCCACGUUCCCGACGUACAUCGAAUCGCUUCGAGACGUACGGGUCUGGAAGAUCGCGGCGGGGUUCUACCACUCGGUGUGUCUUACUGGGAACGCGCGCCCGCGGUGGAUGGACCGCGCGCCGCCUGUCAGUUCGCUCGCAACCGAUUUAGCCAAACUCGUCAACAACCCUCAGCGCAGCGACGUGCAAUUUCGCGUGGACGGCCAACUCAUUUACGGCCACCGAUGCAUUCUCAUGGCACGGUGCGAGCCGUUGGAAAUCAUGCUGAAUGGCCCCAUGCGGGAGAGAUCCCAGGCCGAGAUAGACAUUCCCGAGCUAUCGCACGACGCAUUUCUAGCGAUGCUGCAUUUCAUCUACACUGAUAAGGUGCCGGCACUCGAGCGCCGCGCCACCGACAUCGAUUUUGUGCUGGACCUCAUCGCGAUCGCCGAUCAAUUUUUACUGGACAACAUGAAGCGGCAAUGCGAACUUGCCAUCCACCAGAACAUCAACCAAGAUAACUUUGCCGCCAUGUUAAUGACUGCGCACUGCCGUCAAGCCCACACGUUGAAGCGAGGUUGCAUCGACUACAUUCUAGCGCAUUUUGGAGCUAUCAUUGGCAUGCCGGAGUUUAUGGAAUUGCCGCCAGAACUCAUGCAAGAGAUCCUGAUGACGGCGUCGCGCCGGGGCGUGAUCAUCAAGGCCACGUAGAUCCCAAUCGAUGGCACGAACACAUAUCGAAAGAUGAACUUGUGUACAAAUUGGUGGCGGCACGCGAGACCUCGAAAGACGAACGGGGGAAAGUUUGCUGGGUCUCUAUAUUAAUCGGCCACCACACCACACGUUGCCUUUACUUCAGUUCCGACAACAUGGACGUCGGGUUCUCCAAAAAGUUCUUCCACUUGGUCGAGAAGCGCGCCAUGGUCGCGCCGUCGAUGAUCCGGUGGUCUCCGCUCCACGACACGUUCAUGAUCUUGACCGGCACGACCUCGCCCGCCUUGUUGAAGCGCGGCAGUGUCUGAAUCUUUCCGAUCGCGCCGAUCGCGACCUGCGGCACCAUGAUCACAGGGCCCAUGUACGUCCCGCCGAUACUCCCAAUGUUGGACAGUCUACGUGUAAAUCGCUCAACUCCAGUACAUCCCAUCGACACGUACGAGAAGGUCCCGCCCGUCAGGUCGUUCGGGCCCAAUUUGCCCGCCGUCGCCAGCCCUUGCAGUCUGCUCAAGUCUUCAGCGAUUUCCAGGAUCGACUUGGACUCGACGUUCUUGAUGUUGGGCACUAAAAGGCCCUUGGGGGUGUCCAUGGCGACCGAAAUGUUGUGGGUAGUACUUCAGAGCCAGGGAAGCAGCCUGCCACACGAGUCAGCCGUGCGAUGCUUUAAGGUCAAUUCAGUGGCCAACCUUACCUUGAUCAUCAAUGGCAGGUACGUGAUCUUGAUGCCGCGUUCGGCAGCGACGACUUUGAGGCGCUGUCGGAGUUCGUCCAAAGCAUCCAUUUCAAUCUACGACGACCAUGAAUACGGGCAUAUGGAGAACGGACCAAGCCUUGGAAUCGUCAGUACCUCGUCGGCGUAGCCAAAGUGCGGCACCUUCAGCGCUGCGUUCAUGGACUUGACCAUCAUCUUUUGAAUAGCUACAGACGAUUUUGUGCACCGUUAGCCAGGACGUUAAAUUUUGGGUGAGAGCACGUACGAUUUACAGGCACGACUUGACUUUCUGUGAGGAAUUCCACACCCUUCGAGGAAGAAGUUGUGCCGGCGACCUCAUGAGAGCUUUCUGCAGAAGCUUGAGAAGCAGCCUGGGCGGGUUGAAACUUGGCCUCGGACAAUUCGCGGAUGUAGUUGAGGAUGUCUCCCUUCAAGAUUCGAUCUCCUUCAACGGGAAUGUCCUCCAAGUCGAUGUUGUGCUCACGCGCCAAUCGGCGAACGGACGGCGUCGUCAAGACCUUGCCCGUCUUGGUUCGAACAAUCGAGGACAACGACGCAGGCGCGACCGAGACUGGGGCUUGAGGAGUCGGGACGACAGGAGCAUGCAACGAUUUGAUGGGAGUCGGGGUUGCUGCCUUCUUCAAUUGUUCUACUUUCUUGGCGCCUGCCGCGGGCUUCUUGGAGGCGGCUCCUGCAUUAUGGGCGGCGGCAAUUUCGUCCGACACGUCCAAGUCGAUCAAGGCGCUGCCGACUUUGGCCAUACCACCAACGUCGUAGUGGAGCUUGGUCACGAC